AGGCUUAAGGAUUGCGUGGAAAAUUCCGUUCAACAGCUAUGUUCCUCUACCACGUGUUUGUAGUGUGGUACAGGUUCCAGUUUCCUAUGAUCAGUGACGAGGACAGGACAUUCGCAGGACGGUGGAAGUUUCUAACACAUUGGAACGCCAUGAUCCAGAUAGCUUACUACCUGGUGUGCGGUCUACUCGCCAACUCCAACCUCAUGCAGAAGUGGGAACCAAUCAGGGACCAGGCAUUCUACAUCAUAAUUCUACCCCUCUCAGUAUUCGUUAGUCUCAUGUUCUGGGGUCUCUACAUCUACGAUAGAGACAUGGUCUUUCCAGCCCACCUCGACAAGGUGGUCACACCUUUCUUCAACCAUCAGAAACACAGCGCAGUAGUUCUCUGGACCUUCCUAGAGGCUGCUGUAGUACAUCACAAUAAGCCCGGACACUUCGAGGGUCACUUCAUAGCAGGACUAUUCUGCGCCACGUAUUUAGCGGUGGUGUUAUGGGUCCACGCGGCCGGGGGAGUGUGGGCUUAUCCUAUAUUAGGGGUGUUGAAUUGGGCCGGUAAAGCCAUGUUCUCAGGCAUGAGUAUAGUAGUGUACGUUGCUUUUUAUAGAGUGGGUUUGGCUCUGAGUGGUUAUCUUCAAAACAUUUCUUCUGUUGUCUCCAAGUUGGACUGACAGAGUGAGUUGGACACUUUAAUUUAAAACUUUGAUAUAAUUAAUAGAGAUGUUUAAUUGCGUUAUUUCGAGAUAUUGAUUAAUUUGUUGCUUUGUGUUGCACUGUUUUAUAGUGCCCCUCGCCUUAUGAGUGGAUGUGUUUUUUGAGAGGUUUGUUUUUUGUGCUCAGUUUUAGCUUGUAGAUUCUAGAUUCUAAUAGUUCUAGAUUCUAGAUUCUAAUAGUUCUAGAUUCUAGUUCUAAUAGUUCUAGAUUUUAGAACCAUUCCUGUUUGAAUAAUUCUUUUUAAACAGAAUACAUUGUUUUUCUCUAAUACGGUACGAAACAUUUUUACAAUCUACAGUCAACUAGUGUCAUAAUUUAAUACUGAACUGUAACAAAAAGCAAAGUGGAAAUGUUACUAUGGUAACGCAAAGUGGACCAUAAUGAAUC